ACUGCUGUUAUCGUUGUUGUUAUUGUUAUUCUUUUUGUACUGUUUCGUUUGUAAGCUCGUUUUGUACAUUAUAUACCGUGACUGAAAGGGGGGAGGACUCUUUGAUUAGUGGUACUUUGUACUGGCGUUAUUUUUAAACGCAACCGAUGAGGAACAAUUACCGCAAUAUGUUUUUCGCUGGCUACGGAUAUUCCAAUCAACAUCAGAACAGCCCACCGUCGCCGGCCAGGGCUAGCGUAUGGGGUGGCGUUUACAGCCCGUUUCGAAAUACCAACAUGUCACUACAAGACAUUACAAUGAAUUCAACGAUGCAAAUGACGAAUGGUACAAAUGCAAGGUCACCUGGCAAAACCUCCCCGGCGGGGGUGAUGGGAACCAGGGACAGAGGGGGUAGAACAAUGAAGGAUUACGAGGACCAAUUAGAAGCUCUCAAAAAGGAGAAUUUCAAUCUAAAACUACGGAUCUAUUUUCUGGAGGAACGAAUGGGCAUUACGUCGGUAGAUGAAAAUGCGAUAAAGAAGAAUAUUGAAUUGAAGGUCGAAAAUGAAUCACUGAGAAAAGAAUUGGUUGAGAAGCAGGAACUUCUCAGUCAAGCGGCCAAGGCGAUUCAAUUAAUUGAAGAGCAGAAAGAAAUAUGCUCGCGGAAUGAGGCUCAGUACCAGCAGUCGCUGGAGAACGAACGGGAGAAGGUCCGAAAACUUGAGAAAGAAUUAGCGGAAUACCAAGAAAAGGCAGAUGCGUCCUUAUACUACAAGCAGGCAUUCGGGAUCACGUCGGAAAAGGCAGUGGAUACCGAGGAGAAAUUGCGACAAAUGGAAGAACUUGUCGCGUCCCUGGAGGCCGAGGUGGAGCAGGUGACGAGCAGCUUGAACGAGGAACGUAACUGGACACAGGAACUCGAGACCGAGAGGGAUGAGCUCAGGGAACGUUUGGAGGCGGAGACGCGUUUAAGAGAAAACUUGGCCGCUGAGAGGGUACAGGACACAGAGGCCCUGCGCGAGAAAGUCAAAGAACUGGAGGAAGAUCUUCUGAAAAAGGACAUCGACGUUCAGAAGUGCCGAAACGAUUUGGUCGAGACGAGACGAGUUACUAAAGAACUUAACGCACAGCUGGAGAGCAAGUGUCAGGCGUUCGACGAGCUGAACGAAGUUGCGGAGAAACGAAAGAAACAAGUCGAUCAGCUAAGGGUGUCUAUAAAAACUAGAGACGACGCCCUCACGGACCUUAAUAACAAGAAUCGUACACUGCUUUCUCAGUUCGAGAAUGGUUACGCCAAACGAUCAGUACUCGCCAGUUCGUCGACGACAAAAUCAAUUGAAGACCCGUUACAGUCGAGGCUAGGCCAGAAGAUAACCAGCGCCGAAGCUGUGACGAAGAGAGAAAACACUUGUCUCGAUUGGGAACCGAACAGAGAAAGGUCAUCGAGAGCGAAAUCACCAACUGAUACCCUCUCCGGAGAGACGAGAUCCGUAAGAGACCUGAAGAAGGAUCUAGAAGAGAAAGAUACCGAAAUAAAACGUCGUCAGGAAAAGAAUAAGCAACUGGUACUGAAACUGUGCAACAUGCAAAAGCAUCUAGAAACUGUAGAUUAUAAACUGAAGAAGCUAGAAAGUGACCACGAGAAGGCGCUCAAGACCAUCCAAGGCUUUAUGGAAAGACAACAGCAGUUGGAAAGCAGCAAGCUAAUGAAGGAACAGAAGAUCAUGGAACUGGAAAUCGAGCUGAGUCGACUACGGGAGGGCGAAAGCUCGAAGCCAGGAAGGGACAGAUGGGACGAGCGUGAUCCCAGCAAUCAGCAACGAUUCGACGAAAUGGAAGCGAAAAUAAACGACCUACGAGACCAAAUAGCGACGAUCAAGGCCGAGAAGAGUCGUUUGGAGACGCAGAUACAAGUUGAAUCGCAGGAGCUGCUAGGCCGCUUACAAGACAGGGAGCAAAAGAUCGAAAUCCUAGAAAUCGAGAAGCAGACGAUAAAAGAGCAGUUAGAUGACAAGGUUAUUGAACUCGAGAAGCUGAAAGAAGCCACGAAAAACGAGCCUGACGAGUGUGUGCCCGAACGGGAGGACCUUACGCGCAAGAUAGAACUCCAAGACAAUGUGAUCGAGGAGAAGAACCGAAAGAUCGAGCAGCUGACGAAGGAGCUGCAAGUGAAAACGCAGAAUCUCCAGAAGCUGGUGAACACCGAGCUAUGGAGCAAGAACAAAGAGAUCGCGAAGCUCCACAACCACAUGACCGCGAACAAUGGCCACGAGAGGAGCCGAAACAAAUCGGACAUCGUGCACGAAAGCGCCAGCACGCAGCUGUCGACGCUUAUCAAAGAGUUGAACGACAUUGGUAUAAAGGUGACGUUUACCAAUGAGGUGAUACAAUUGAACUACGUCGACGGGAACGAGCCCAUAGACGUGAAAACGAUGACAGACUACGUACAGAAGCUGUUGAUACAGAAAAACGAGUUGGAGAAACAGGUCGAUUACCUAAAAUGGCUGAAGCUUGUCUCCAGACCGGACAUCGCCACGGAGAUCGAUGGAUACGGGGACAAUGAAACGGAGAGAGCCAGAAAAUACUGCGAAUUAUUGCGUACGCAUUUGAAGGACCUGGUGAAGUUCAUGAAGGAGAUGUUGAAGAACGUCGAUCACGCGGACCCAUUUGGUAACGAGCGCAAAAAGAUCGUUCUCGAUGUUCUGACCAAUUCGAAGAUACUGUCCGACGAUUUCUUAAACGCCCUCGAGGGAAUUUCGACCAACGAUAUACCGUUUAGUCUCGAAGGAACGAGCGUGAGAUCGAUCGAUGGCUCGGUGAAGAAGAGCCGAUCCGAGAAUAUGCUCAGUGCUACGAAAAAUCAAGCAUCCACGCAAUCAGAUUCGGAGGCGUUCUCGGAACCGGAUAGGACCGUUUCUAUGGCCAGGAUCGGGCUACAGGAGACGCAGCAGAAAUCUUUGAGUCGACCGAGGUUCUCCAAAUAUACAAAAACGUUCAGCGAUUCCGAGGAGUCUCUGGAAUACGUGCCUUAUCACAAGACUUAUCAGAACGAUUUGAACGACACGGAGGCGAGCAACCAGAUCCAGGAACUGAAAGAGACGAACGCUUACCUGUACUCCGAGCUCAGUGCCCUUAGGAAUGAACUGACCGCCAAGAUUUCAGUCGAUUGUGUAUUCGAUGAAAAAAUAUCCCCGUUGAUCAUCAAACUGGAAAAAUCGCAGAAAUUCUGCGAGAGAUUACAGAUUUCGCUAGAAAGGAGGAUGCACGAGGUUCACACGCUGAAGAAGGAAAACAAACAGAACAACAUGCGCAGAACACAAUUAGAAAAAAAGCUGGUCGAUCUGGAGAGCAUGGCCGCGGAAAUGACCAAGCAGAAAGCGGAGUUGUUGCACUACAAGGAAAAUGCGGAAAGAAAAGCAACAGAUAUGCUCAUUACGCUUAACAGGGAGAACGACAUGUUGAGAACGCGAAUCAAGAAAUUGGAAGAUGAAAAUGAAACGGCUAAGACAAACAUAACAGGGUUAACGAAAGAGCUCGACCAUCUAACUCUUUCACACAGUGAAAUUCUUGUGGAGAACACGAAACUGACCAACGACAAACUACGCUUGGAGCAGGAAAUUAGAAAAAUGGAAAGCAGAUGUGACGUGACUGUUCGCAGCAUGCAUGAUAAAUUUAACAAAGAGAUCUUGGAUCUCAAUCAAAUCAACGAGUCGCAUAGAGUUCGACUGCAGGAAUUGGAAGUGACUAAUAAGGAACUACGUAGGCACGUUGCAGUUUAUGAUGCAAGCGACUCAGCGCCAAGCUCAAGUGGCGUAUCCUCUAUACCUACGGACGGUAUACUCAAGCAAACUUGCGAGGACAUCAUGCAAGAGUAUCAAUCGUAUAACAAUUCGCAGUAUUGGUUUCCCGUGAAUUAUCCAACGCUCGGUGGACGCAGCAAAUCGAGCUGUUCGCCAGAUUUAGGGAUUGAAAGUGAUGCGGCUUUGUCGACCAUGAGGCCGUUAAAAGACACUUUGAAAAUCACAGAGUCGAUGACCAAUCUCUUGAGCGAUGAAGACAAUAGCAACGGUAACGGGCCAGGUCGAAACGCGGAUAGCGAGAGUCCGUUGCCGAUAGAAGGUUUAGACGAAGUAGAAGCCUUAAAGCAGGAGAACGAAACGUUAAAGAGAAGGCUGAUGAAAACAAGAAGAGCAUUGGAGGACACUUUCCAGCAUUUGUCUGCGUCCAAUAAGAACAAGAAGAACGUCGAGAAGGCGAUAACGAAGCAAUUGCAAAUUACCAAAAGUAUUCUAAAGAAGACAAGGACAUACGAGGAACCCUUGGACAACUGACAGAGAUGGGGAGGCUAAGACGAGCAAAGAAGGAUCUUCCGCACAGAAAAGAGAAUAUAAGAGUCGCGCGUUUAAUAUCGUGGAAAUAAACACCACCGUUUAUUUUUUAUAAUCACGCCUUUACGGUAUCUUUACCGUUCACUUUUUUAAUGCCUCGAACAAAUCAUAUCCAACCAAGGCGUGGCUGUUAUAUCUUGUAUAAAAUUACGAAAAAGUAUUUUUCAUACACUCGCGUAACGUCGAUGCUAAUACGUGUACACGUAAAUACGAGACGAUAAAUCAAAAUGAAUACUCCUCGAAAUAAGGCGUAACUGUACAUUGCGAAUUUUGUAUAUAAUCGUGUAAGUGUUCUGUCAAGACCCUUUGUAGAUUGUUUCUCCUUUUCCGACGAUAUACGCGAUCUUCCGGCCGAAACCGAAACUGUCCUUUCGUCGUAUCUCGUUUUCUCGACGACAGAAAUUCGCCCGCGUGUACAUACGACCACCGAUGUAUCAUUACACAGCAUCUGUACAUAGUCUUCACCAAUAAAGUGCCAUUAACAUUU